GGCCUCCCUCAAUGUUGAAAAUGCCCACCAAGAACGUGACCGAUGACCGUCUGAACAAGUUCAAAAAUAAGGGCAAAGAGCCGUCGAAACUCCGUGAACGUCGGAUAGCGGAGUGCGUGGAGUUGCGUAAAGCCGCGAAGAACGAGAACUUCCUCAAACGGAGGAACAUCUCCACUCUCCCAGAUGAUGAGUCCAUGCUGUCUCCGGAAUUCAGCAACGACAACCAUGAGGUAACCCUCACCACCAUUGAGGAGAUCAUUGGCCAUGUGAACAGUGACUGCAAGGAGAGGCAGACACGAGGAUGUCAGGCAGCCAGGAAGCUGCUGUCUCGUGAGCGCAACCCUCCUCUGAAGGAGAUUGUGGAGGCUGGGCUGCUCUCGCGGUUCGUGGAGUUCCUAGCGAGAGAUGAUGAACCCAGUGUGCAGUUCGAGGCUGCUUGGGCCCUCACCAACAUCGCUUCAGGGACGUCCUGGCACACCCAGCAGGUAGUGGAGCAUGGUGCAGUUCCAGCCUUCAUAGCUCUGCUAGCAUCACCCAUGUUGCACAUCAGUGAACAGGCUGUCUGGGCCCUGGGAAACAUAGCAGGUGACGGUCCAGCAUAUCGAGAUGCACUCAUAGACUGCAAUGUCAUCCCUGCUCUGUUGUCCAGAAUCACUCCAGACACUCCUGUUGGUUACCUUCGUAAUCUGACAUGGACCCUGUCAAACCUCUGUAGGAACAAGAACCCGUUCCCUCCCCUGUCAGCUGUUCAACAGGUGCUCCCCUCCCUGGUCCAGCUCCUCCACAUGAGUGACAAGGACAUUCUGAGUGAUGCAUGCUGGGCCGUAUCCUACCUGACUGACGGCGCUAACGAGCGUAUCGACAUUGUGGUGAAGACUGGCAUAGUUCCCCGGCUUGUGGCCCUCUUAGGUUUUGAGGAGCUGACUGUGGUGACCCCAGCGCUGCGCUCAAUCGGUAACAUCGUGAGCGGUUCUGACCUCCAGACUCAGGUAGCGAUCGAUGCAGGGGUCCUGUCUGCCCUGCCCGGCCUAAUGAGACACAGCAAGGCCAGCGUUCAGAAGGAAGCAGCGUGGGCUGUGUCCAACAUCGCUGCUGGCCCCGCGCAGCAAAUCCAACAACUGCUGACCUGUGGGCUGCUGCCUCCGCUUAUAGAUCUGCUGCGAAAUGGGGACUUUAAGACCCAGCGUGAAGCGGUGUGGGCCAUAACCAACUUCACCAGCGGGGGCACUGUGGAGCAGGUGAUCCAGUUGGUCCAGUCCGGAGGCCUGGAGGCCAUCCUCAACCUGCUGACGGUCAAAGACGCCAAGACCAUCCUCGUCAUUAUGGACGCCAUCAACAACCUGUUCUUGGCAGCGGAGAAGCUGGGUGAAACUGACAAGCUGUGCCUCCUGGUUGAGGAGCUGGGAGGGCUGGAUAAGAUCGAGCAGCUGCAGAACCAUGAGAAUGACACUGUGUACCGGACAGCCCAGGGACUAAUAGAGAAGUUCUUCACUGAUGACGAGUCAGAUUGUCUGCAGACGGAGGCCACUGAUUCAGCCUUCAUCUUCAAGACCCCAGAUGUCCAGAAGACCUUUGAGUUUUAAUGUUACAAGACCCUGAUAAUGGAAUACAUAUUUGAAAUCUAAUAAAUAUUUUUGCAUAUCUGA